AUGGCCGAAGCCGCGGAACCGACCAUGGACUGCAAUCUGCCGGAGCUCCUGGCCCAGGACCUUGAGUUCUCUAGUCUGAUCUUCGCCUCCAAGAACAUGACCGCCGGCGCCCCCUCACCCGCUCUUGCAUCCGACGAAGACGAAUGGCCCUCCGCCGAGCCCCCGACCGUUCUCGGCGCCCCGUGCCACCCUAACGGCGUGCCGCAGUUCCAGCCUCUUGGCGCCAUCGACGAGAAGAGCAGCGGCGCCAGCGAAAACGACUCUGACGCCGCCAGCUCGAGCGGCGCGUCAUUCAGCGAGGCCGAAGACGGCGACGACGAGGCCGCUGCGUCCCCCCAGAUCCGCCAGCAAUCUGUCCUCACGACUGACACCACCAUCUCCGCCUCCAGUCAACCACCAGUACCAGCACCAGCAACGGCACCCUCCAAACGACUCGUCUCCUUCUGCGACGGGUCAGAAGAAGAAGAAGAGGGCAUGCCGGUGAGCUGGAUGGAUCUAGAGCCGGAGGGGCCCGGCGACCACCCCGAACUGGGCAAGAGUCUGGACCAAUCACCAGUCACGACGCCCAUCAAGCCGGUAGUGCGGCCGCUAUCCCGGCUGGGGGAUAAGUCCAUCAACGAGUCCCAGUCGCCGCCGCGGAUCAAGAGCGCCAACGCCGCGACUACCACCCGCCGGCUGUCCAACCCGUUUGAGGGGUACACGCGGCCCACAAGCCGGGCGCGGAGCCUGCACGUCAACCCGACGCCGGCGCCGAUGCCGACCACGCCAACCCCAAAUGCCGGCAAGGAGAGGAAGAAGCUGAAGGAGAAGGAGACAGAGCAGAACCGCCUGUCGGUCCACUCGUUGCACUCCAUCGAGAUCGCCGUGCCCACGCGCAGCUCGUCUUUGAAGCACCGCGUCUCUUUCACAGAUGACGCCCGCAAGACUAUUGCAUCGCGGUCGCGCGCUCGCUCGCAUGCCUCGUCCACGCGCACCGGCUCCGACCACGUCACCGCGCCGGGGACAAACAGGAGCUCCAUCAUCGCCGACCUCAAGGAGGAGCUCGAGCCGUGGUUUCGCUACCUCGACGAGCAAGAGGAAGGCCUCCUUGUCACUCCCCGCCCCAAGUCACGCUCAGCAGAAACCUCACGAUCUGUGGUCACACCACGGCCCAGAUCCCGGGCCCAAACCAGAUCCCGCCCGACAUCCUCAGUGAGCGCCACGUACACAUGGCUCGACGACCCAAUCGACAUCCCUUCCCUCUCCUCCGAGGAAGCCCGCCGGAUCCCCCUCCCGCCCAACGUCGUCGAGUCCCUCCGCAUCUCCGUGACCUGCUUCCCCGAGACCAUGCUCCUCUGCUCCAGCCUCUCCAUCGAGACCAUCCGCAGCUACUCCCGCAAAGUGCGCCUCCCCGUCCACGAACCAAUCGGCCCAGACACGCCGCCCGCCUCCCCCAAGCAACGCUGGCGAUGGCUCGCGCCGCGCCGCAAUAACAACGCAAGCUCCUCCGUCCGCCGCUGCUCCUCCCGCGGCGCCGCGUCCUCCUCCAACCUCGACCUCUCCUCCCUCGCCCCCUCAACCGCGACCCUCACCGCGCCCCAGUGGUCUCGCAUCCGCAACCUCUUCCCCACGGGUUCCGACUACCUCUGCGACGCCCUCUACGCCCACAUCGUCGCCUACAACUACCUCGCCCCCAUGGUCCAGCACGCCGGCCGCCCGCCCACGCCAGGAACCCCCGAGACCACCGGCACGACAGACGAGUCCAUCCCCAAGAAGGCCGCCACCCUGCUGGGCCUCCAGGGCAUGCAAGAGACCACGCCCCCACCGCCGCGGCCCCUCCGCAAGCGCUCGAGCAUGUUCCUCGGCCUGCGCGCCUGCUCGUCGCGCCAGUCCUCUGCGCCGCCGGUGCCGGUUACCCCUGUGCCGACGGCGGAUGUCACGCUCCGCGACCUGCAGAUCGGCAUCCGGCGGUGCAUCGCGCGGCUCGUGGCGACGCUGCGCGCCGAGGGUGCGGAUGGGCCGCUGGCGGGCGAGUCGGUUAACGAGAUCGACCCGCUCAUCAUGCGGUCGCUGUGCGAGAUUGUCAAGUGCUGCGAGGAGUCGUCCACCAAUGACCGAACUCUAUAA